CAUAGCCUAAUUUUUUUGAUAACCACUACAAUUCCCCCUGCUAAUUGCUAAAAAACAGCAAAGAACAACAGCAAACCGUUAACAGUAUAUUGAUCAUGAGGUUGUUAUAUCUAUUGCACAAUAGCAAACAUGUCUCUCUAAUCGAGUCCCUUCGCUUUCUACUUCUAGUUCUAAAUGCUGUCAUUUGGAGCUUACCCAGCUGCUGCUCCCUUCCAUAUUUCCGACUUUUGCAGUUGUUGCCGGCUGUGCUGGUAGACGAACGGAGGGCAACGAGAUGCAGGGUCGUCUUUUGGAGCUUUCUGGGUCGUCUUUUGGAAUGGAGGGCGACGAGAUGCUGGCUGGUCGCGCGGUGUCGGGGAGCUGAUCGGAGGUGGUCGCGAUUGGACGGCGUUGAGGGCGGAGGCUUCCUGGGUCGCGACGGGACAGAGUGGAGGCUUGCAGCUGGUUCGCGACGUCACGUCGCAGAGAGGAGGGAUCGAAGUCGAACAGCUACUCCGCGGAUGGCGACUAGCAACGAGAGGAGGUCGGUCGCCGUCGCCGUCUCGAUGUUCCGAGACUCCGUCGACGGCGCGAUGGAAGGAAGAAUUUGCUUUACCUCGAGGGAGAGGGAGGCGGCAGGCGGCGUCGUGAAAUUCCUUUGUGGGUGUGUGGUUGUGGACGAAGCUAAGCUAGCAGCAACCCUACAGAGAAGUGAGAACAGAACUCGCCUGGGCCCGGGUGAGUGGGCCGAGAGGCCAUGGGCAGUGGGCUGGGCUUAUUCUGGGCUUCUAAAUCUGUUUUGUAAUUAUCCGGUCUUCCGGUUUUUACACGGUUUUGACCCGGACUGGAUUGGUCCGGAUUUUUUGCUAAUUCUAAGACCAAAGACGGGAUUGGAUUGUUUUAAAUCCGGUCCCGGUCUUAAAACGGUCCGGGUUUUACGGUCCGGUUUCCGGUUUUCAAUCCGGUCCCGGUCCAGGUCCAAACUGCCAGCCCUAAUUGAUAGAGUGUUUCAAAGGAUGCUCCAGCAUGAGAGACAACAGGUUGGCACACAGCAAAGUAAAGUUCUUGCUGUUGAAAGUGUGGCUUUAGCAGCACAGAACAACAACAAUUCACAGGUCAGGAGGCCUCGACCCUAUUGCACCUAUUGCAAGUUCUUGGGACACACAGAAGAAACCUGCUAUCACAAGCAUUGUUGGCCACCUGGAAUUAACAACAAGACACCAAAUUCUGCUGGAAGGAACAUGGAGUGCACCUUCUGCAAGAAACAAGGGCACACUGAAGAAAAGUGUUUCAGUAAACAUGGUUAUCCAAACCAGAGAGGACCUCAAAGAGCCAGACCUCAAGCACAUGCUGCUCCAAACACAAACUCAGAGGAUUUAGCUCAAGAGAUCAAACUGACCAAGGCAGACUACAUCAAGCUUAUGUCCCUGAUGAAUGACAAGGGAUCUUAGAAGGCUUCCACCAGCAACAACCCAUCUUUUUCAGCUGCAAGUUUCAUUACCACACCAGCUGGAUCCUCAGGUAAAAUUAUGCUCAAUGUGAGCCAUAAAUCACCUCAUGAUCAGAUUUGGAUCCUUGACACUGGUGCAUCGGAUCACAUUGUGUGUUCCUUGGACUUCUUGACUGAUCACAAAAGGAUACACAAUACAUUCAUCACCUUACC